CCAGCACAUCCCGGUGCAUCUUUACAGACGCAGCAGCAGCUUUCCUCUGCGGCAGCCGCACCUCGCCAACAGGCGUAGAGCUGCAGGCUCGCCCGAGUUGCCGCUUGCUGCCUCCUCUGCUGCUGCCGCGGGCCGCCCUGUGCGGACCGUGGGCUGCGCAGACGCCACCUCCGAUCCUGUACCGUUGCGGGCGCCUCGGCGCGCCCUGUGAUCCGCAAUCCUGCGGCGGGCAGCAUGGGAUAAUGCGGCCAUGGUGCGCCGAGAUCGCUUGCGCAGGAUGAGGGAGUGGUGGGUCCAGGUAGGGCUGCUGGCUGUGCCCUUGCUAGCUGCGUACCUGCACAUCCCACCCCCUCAGCUCUCCCCUGCCCUGCACUCCUGGAAGACUUCUGGCAAGUUUUUUACCUACAAGGGACUACGCAUCUUCUACCAAGAUUCUGUUGGUGUGGUCGGAAGCCCUGAGAUAGUCGUGCUUUUACAUGGCUUUCCAACAUCCAGCUAUGAUUGGUACAAGAUCUGGGAAGGGCUGACCCUGAGGUUUCAUCGAGUGAUUGCCCUUGACUUCUUAGGCUUUGGCUUUAGUGACAAGCCGAGACCACAUCAGUAUUCGAUAUUUGAGCAGGCCAGCAUUGUAGAGUCCCUUCUGCGGCACCUGGGGCUCCAAAACCGCAGAAUCAACCUGUUGUCUCACGACUAUGGAGACAUUGUUGCACAGGAGCUGCUGUACAGGUACAAGCAGAAUCGAUCUGGCCGGCUCACCAUAAAGAGUCUCUGUCUGUCGAAUGGAGGUAUCUUUCCUGAGACCCAUCGUCCUCUCCUUCUCCAAAAGCUCCUCAAAGAUGGAGGCGUGCUCUCACCCAUCCUCACCAGGCUCAUGAACUUCUUUGUAUUCUCUCGAGGUCUCACUCCAGUCUUCGGACCAUAUACUCGACCCACUGAGAGUGAGCUGUGGGACAUGUGGGCCGUGAUUCGCAACAACGACGGCAACCUGGUCAUCGACAGUCUUUUACAGUACAUCAAUCAAAGGAAGAAAUUCAGAAGACGCUGGGUGGGAGCACUUGCUUCUGUGUCCAUCCCCAUUCAUUUUAUCUAUGGGCCAUUGGAUCCUAUAAAUCCGUAUCCAGAAUUUUUGGAGCUGUACAGGAAAACGCUGCCGCGGUCCACAGUGUCGAUUCUGGAUGACCACAUUAGCCACUACCCACAGCUAGAGGAUCCCAUGGGCUUCUUGAAUGCAUAUAUGGGCUUCAUCAACUCCUUCUGAGCUGGAGAGAGUAGCCUCCCUGUAUUACCUCCCCCAUUCUCAUAUCUGUGUGUAUUCCCCUUAGAAAUGCCCAAAAGAGGGCCUGGCCAUCAAAUACUAUCCUUUCAUAAAAGUCCAUUUUAUUCACAUUGGUGAACAAACUACAGAAAACAGGCAGCUGGACCUCUAAGGAUGGCAUGCUAGUCCACCUCAUCUCUAAGGGUGACAUGAUAAUCCUCUCAUUCCUGUGACAUAUGACCAAGUAAAUAGAUCUGCUGCUGUUUUGUGUUAUUAGGACAUUCUGACUAAUAACACUUUAUUUAUGUAGAAAGACAGCAUUAGAUAUUCUUUUUGUGUAUUAAAUACUCAAAAAAAACCCCAAAACAAAACAAAACAAAAAAAAAACAAACCCAAAACAUAGUAACAACAAAAAUCCAUUUUCUGUGGACUUUUAAAAUAUUUAGAAAUGCUAACUUUUAGCCCAAUCCUAAUUGGAAUACUGGAAUAAAAAGUGAGAGAAGAGCUUGUUAUCUCUCUUUCAAGAUGGGUAAACAGCUUAUGAGAGGGAAUAUCUUGUCACACCUUUACAUUUCGUUCCAUCAGCUGCUUCUAAUUAUAGACAUUUUUUGCUAAAAAAGACAUUGGCUUAGGGGCUGGGGAAGUAGCUCAGUGGUAGUGCGCCUGCCUAGCAUGUUAAAGCCCUGGGUUCAAUCCCCAGUGCUGUUCCUACCUUCCCACUCCCUUCAACAUUGCCCCCCCCCCCCCACUUAAAUAUAGUGUUCUGAGUAUGCGUCUAA